AUGAGUGCCGAGAGCCGGUUCAUGGUGUCGAAAGCGCAGAACUCCACGAUGGAGACGACAGGCACGUCGUACGGGUCGACUGACCCCGAGGCCGGCGAGCCCAUGAACCAGACCUCACCGACCAGUGACAAGAUCCCCGACCAGAACUACUCCCACGACCUGUACCUCUACACCGACGACAUCACGGAGCGGCCCAAGGUGUCCAGCAUGCUCAAGUCCAUGGUCAACUACUCGGCCACCAUUUCCGCGGCACCCGCGGACCCGGACGCGAAAACAACCAAGCCGAGGAACGCGCAAAUGGGCACUUUGGUCGGUGUCUACUUGCCGUGUUUGCAGAACAUCUUCGGCGUCCUGCUGUUCAUCCGCAUGUCGUGGAUCGUGGGCACAGCAGGCAUCGUGCAGGGCUUCCUGGUCGUGUUCAUGUGCUGCUGCACCACGUUCCUCACUAGUAUUUCCAUGAGUGCUGUGGCGACCAACGGUGUCAUUCCUGCUGGUGGCAGUUAUUACAUGAUCUCCAGGGCCCUGGGGCCCGAGUUUGGGGGCGCUGUGGGCAUCCUCUUCUAUCUGGGAACCACAGUGGCGGGUUCCAUGUACAUUAUUGGGGCAAUUGAGAUCCUCCUGUUGUACAUCGCACCCGGCAUGGCGUUGCUGGGUGACAUCACAUCGGACGCAGAGCUCAAGUUCCACAAUUUCCGCAUUUACGGCACAGUGUUGUUGUUCAUCAUCACAGUCAUCAUCUUUGGCGGUGUGCGACUGGUGAACAAGUUUGCAGCUGUGGCCCUGGCCUGCGUGCUCCUCUCCAUCUUGGCCGUCUACGUCGGCAUUUUCUACAACGUUGGCGGCAACGACAGGCUGCAAAUGUGCUUCCUGGGCCACCGACUGCUGGUGGAGGACAAGCUCGGCAACUACACCUGUUCCAACCUGCUCAAGAUGGAGGGCCCGCUGAUUGAGCAGUUUUGCCACGCCGGCAUCAAUGACAACUGCACCGACUACCUCACGCAUCAUGACCUCAGUUCCAGAGCUGGAAUCCGAGGCCUCUCCUCCAACGCCUUUAUUGAGAAUUUGAAAACGUCGUUUACGGAAGAUGCUGGGAGGUACAUAACAGACACUGAUGAUCCUGCUGAUUAUGGGAAUCUUGGAGAGGAUCCCCUCAACUACAUGAUCAUAGCAGUUUUGCCACGCCGGCAUCAAUGA